AGACAGAGAGAGAGAGAGACAGAGAGGGAGGAAAAGAGAAUGAGAGAGAGUGAUAAUAGAGAAAACAGAAGAAAGAAAAACAAGGAGAGAGAUGGGGGGAGAGAGAGAAGGAAAGUGCCUGAAAGGAGAAGAGGACAGAAUUGUCUAGCUCUCUAGGAACCACUCUUGGCUAAUGGAGCUGUGCUGAGUGGCUGGGGGAGGGCACCCGAGCCCACCCCAGCUUUGCCUAAGCCACGAGGGCUGGCCGGGCUGCCUGCUCUGCGCUCCCUGUUCUCCCAAGGAAUUCUCUCCAUCAGUAAUUCAGAUUUAGGGUGAGUCUCGACCUCUCCUGACAGCCCAGCAGCCCUAGGACCGCCAAGCUCCGAGCUCCCCUCCAGUCCCCCUGGUCUUGCCCGAGCGGUCUGCUUACAGAAGGUUUAUUGAGGCUCCUGGCCACGGGUUUGGCUCCGUCCUGCUCCAUUAGUCAGUGCUGAACUCUUCCCAGAUAUGCUGGAGGAGAAGAACUUCCCCACGGUGCUCCCAGCUUCCUCGGUGCUCCCAGCUUUCCCAUGGUGCUCCCAGCUUCCUCGGUACUCCCAGCUUCCUCAGUGCUCCCAGCUUCCUCAGUGCUCCCAGCUUCCUCGGUGCUCCCAGCUUUCCCAUGGUGCUCCCAGCUUCCUCGGUACUCCCAGCUUCCUCAGUGCUCCCAGCUUCCUCAGUGCUCCCAGCUUCCCCAUAAUGCUCCCAGUUCCUCAGUGCUCCCAGCUUCCUCGGUGCUCCCAGCUUUCCCAUGGUGCUCCCAGCUUCCUCGGUACUCCCAGCUUCCUCGGUGCUCCCAGCUUCCUCAGUGCUCCCAGCUUCCCCAUAAUGCUCCCACUUCCUCAGUGCUCCCAGCUUCCUCGGUGCUCCCAGCUUUCCCAUGGUGCUCCCAGCUUCCUCGGUACUCCCAGCUUCCUCAGUGCUCCCAGCUUCCUCAGUGCUCCCAGCUUCCCCAUAAUGCUCCCAGUUCCUCAGUGCUCCCAGCUUCCUCGGUGCUCCCAGCUUUCCCAUGGUGCUCCCAGCUUCCUCGGUACUCCCAGCUUCCUCGGUGCUCCCAGCUUCCUCAGUGCUCCCAGCUUCCCCAUAAUGCUCCCAGUUCCUCAGUGCUCCCAGCUUCCUCGGUGCUCCCAGAUUUCCCAUGGUGCUCCCAGCUUCCUCAGUACUCCCAGCUUCCUCAGUGCUCCCAGCUUCCUCGGUGCUCCCAGCUUUCCCAUGGUGCUCCCAGCUUCCUCGGUACUCCCAGCUUCCUCGGUGCUCCCAGCUUCCUCAGUGCUCCCAGCUUCCCCAUAGUGCUCCCAGUUCCUCAGUGCUCCCAGCUUCCUCGGUGCUCCCAGUUCCUCAGUGCUCCCAGCUUCCUCGGUGCUCCCAGCUUUCCCAUGGUGCUCCCAGCUUCCUUGGUGCUCCCAGUUCCUCAGUGCUCCCAGCUUCCCCAUAGUGCUCCCAGUUCCUCGGUGCUCCCAGCUUCCCCAUGGUGCUCCCAGCUUCCCGUUUCAUCUUUCAUCCCAACGUCCCCAGAAGCCCUUGGGAGUUCUUUCUUUAAGAGGCGAUUCGGAAGGUUUGCCUAGCCCGUUAUCUGAGAUCUUUGGGUCUUCUUGCCCCCAGACUUUGGCCAUUGAUCCGCCUGGGCAGGGAGGGCAGGGAUCCCCAAGCAGCCGCUGAUCUCAGACACCCCACGGUCGCCCUAUGUGGGGAUGGCUCCCCCCCGUCCCCCUUAGGAGCCCCUGCAUCUUGGAGCACGUUCUGUCGUUGCUUUGC